AUGUCCUGUGCUAGACGUCAGCUUUUGAGAGCCACCUCCAACCUUCGAUCCACUACUAUCCGUGUAUCUUCCAGAGUCACUCCUUUGUUGGCUCGUCAGGCUACUAACUCUGCACGCGCUUUCUCUUCCUCGAGCCAAUCCAAGUUUGUUGCUCUCCGUGCUGUUGGUAACUCGAUUGCUUCCGUCAAUGCCAGACAUUACAGCUCCAAGACCUACCCCGAGCAUCAGCUUAUUGCCAUGCCAGCAUUGUCCCCUACCAUGACCCAAGGUGGUAUUGGUGUCUGGCAAAAGAAGGUUGGUGAUGAAGUUGUCCCUGGUGAUGUUCUCGUCGAGAUCGAAACCGACAAGGCCCAAAUGGACUUUGAGUGUCAAGAAGAAGGUUAUCUUGCCAAGAUUUUGGCUGAUACCGGUGCAAAGGAUUUCCCUGUGGGCACGCCUAUUGCCGUCCUCGUUGAGAACGAGAGUGACAUUGCUGCCUUUGAGGAUUUCACGGUUGAACAAGCUGCUCCUGCACCCGCUCCUGCUGCUGAAGAAAAGCCUGCUGAAGCUCCCAAGGCUGAAGAACCUGCUGCUCCCAAGCCUGCUGCUGCACCCAAGGUUGAGCAACCCAAGCCUGCUGCACCUGCACCUGUUGCUGCUGCACCCUUGCCUACUGCCUAUGCUCCUCAAUCCGCUUCUGGUGAUGCUUUCACUGAUAUCCCUACCACCAACAUGCGCCGUAUCAUUGCCGAUCGUUUGACUGAAUCCAAGCAAACUGUGCCCCACUACUAUGUUACCACUGAGAUCAACAUGGACAAGAUCACCAAGCUUCGUGAGGUCCUUAACAAGGCUGGUGAUGGUAGCUACAAGCUCUCCGUCAAUGACUUUAUUAUCAAGGCUUCCGCUCUCAGCUUGAAGCAAGUGCCUGAAGUCAACGCUGCAUGGCAAGGCGACUUUAUCAGACAAUACAACAAUGCCGAUAUUUCUAUUGCUGUUGCCACCCCUACCGGUUUGCUUACUCCCAUUGUUACCGGUGUUGAGGGCCGUGGAUUGUCUGAUAUUUCCAACACUGUCAAGGAUAUGGCUGCUCGUGCACGCAACGGCAAGCUUGCUCCUCAUGAGUACCAAGGUGGCAGCUUUAGCAUUUCCAACCUUGGUAUGUACGGCGUGAAGCACUUCACCGCCAUCAUCAACCCUCCUAUGGCAUGCAACCUCGCUAUUGGUGCUACCACUCAAAAGGUGGUUCCUGAUGCUACCAAGGAAAAGGGUCUUGCUGUUCGCAACGUUAUGGAAGUCUCUCUUUCCAGUGACCACCGUGUCGUUGAUGGCGCUGUUGCAGCAACCUGGUUGAAGGCUUUCAAGGGCUUCAUGGAGAACCCUCUCAAGAUGCUCCUCUAA